CACAACCAGUGAGAAGAUGUGGUCUUCUUUGAUUACCCCCACUUUUCUAUUCCUGAGGUUUUUUUCUGUGGAAUUGGCCCCAAAUCCAGGGUCAGCCACAGAUGAAAAUGACAGCUACCCCCCUUUUUGGUACCAGAUUAAUGGGGACAUAGCAGAAUUUCCAGUACAGAAUAACAAAACAAUCAUUGAUCCCUGGAAAUAUAUUGAUCGAUUAAAAAUGUAUAAAAUCCUUAUUGAAAAAUCAAACAGAUAUUUUGCUGGAUUUGGAAAAAACAAAACAGACAAUGUAUUGUGGGCACUCACCUUAUAUUAUGGACAGCUAUAUGAAACAGAUCGAUUUUCAGAACCUCCCAAUAGUUCAGUCUGUGCUUAUGACGCUGGAGCUCCUGGCUGUGUAUCUAUCAACAGUGGCUGGGGAGGCAUUAACUUCUAUGUGAUUGUUCUGUAUUUUCUUGCUGCAAUUGAGUCUGAGUUUCUGAAGGAUUUACCAUACCAGGUGGAGUUAGUAUCUCGAGAAGAAUACAGGUCUGACUUCUGUUAUUCGAUUGCAGAAUGCCGUGUAUCCUACCAACAAGCUAUGGAUCUAGCCAACAGGUUUUAUCAGUACUUGCUGUCCAGAGAGAUCACUUCCGUUAUCGGAGAUGUUCCUCAUUACAACCUAGAUGAGGACACAGUGGUCCUUUACAUGUGGGAGGCCCAUCAAGCCGGCAUUGAUAUUGGAACAUCGAAGUUCUCUGACGUGUAA